AUGACUGGAGUAUUCGAUCGGAGGAUCCAGAGUGUGAAAACUGCAGACUUCCAGAGCUCAUUUCAACUCUCCACCAUGCACCAUCCUUCUCAGGAAUCUCCCACUUUACCGGAGUCCACGGCCACGGAUUCUGGCUACUACAGUCCGGCCGGUGGAGUCCCUCACGGCUACUGCUCUCCCAGCUCCGCCUCGUACGGGAAGCCUCUGAACGCCUACCAGUCCUACCAGUACCCGGGUGUCAAUGGGUCUGCUGGGAAUUACUCGACCAAAUCCUACACCGACUACAGCUCGUACACGACCCCGGCUUACCACCAGUAUGCCGGGACUUACAGCAGGGUGCAAGCCCAGCCCAGUCCACAGGAAAAAGAGAUAAGCGAGCCUGAGGUGAGGAUGGUGAACGGCAAGCCGAAGAAAGUGAGGAAACCCCGGACCAUCUACUCCAGCUUCCAGCUCGCAGCCCUGCAGAGACGGUUUCAGAACACACAGUACCUGGCUCUGCCGGAGAGAGCCGAGCUGGCUGCCUCGCUGGGACUGACGCAAACACAGGUAAAAAUCUGGUUCCAGAACAGGAGAUCAAAGCUGAAGAAGAUCAUGAAAAACGGCGAGCUUCCCCCGGAGCACAGCCCCAGCUCCAGCGACCCCAUGGUGUGCAACUCUCCACAGUCUCCGGCCGUCUGGGACACACAGGGCCCCUCCAGGCCUCACAGCCUUCAGCCACAGAGCAUCAACACGACGGCCUCUAACUUUUUGGAAAACUCUGGGUCAUGGUACACCUCAGCCGCCAGCUCCAUGACGGCCCACCUGCAGACCCCUAACUCGAUACAGCACUCGUUGGCUCUUGGAGCAGGGACGUUAUAUUGA